AUGGUAGAAGAUGGGUCCCGACGUACUUAUAAACGGGACCCUGCGCGCAGAGUCUUUGUGAACCGUAAUUUACGUCUGGAAAAGAUUCGAUUUUUCGGUUUUGACAUGGAUUAUACAUUAGCAGUGUACAGAUCUCCUGAUUUAGAAAUCAUGACAUUUGAUAUGGUAUUGGAACGUAUGAUAAGUAUAGGAUAUCCGAAAGAAAUACGAUCAUUUAAAUACAAGGCUGUGUUUCCUGUGAGAGGUCUUUGGUUCGACUAUCUGUAUGGAAAUUUAUUAAAAGUAGAUGGUUUUGGAAACAUCCUAGUUGGUUUGCAUGGUUUUCGUUACAUAAAGCUUUCUGAGAUUGAGGAGCUUUACCCAAAUAAAUUUUUACAUCUCUCAGAAAAUCGAGUCUAUGUGUUGAACACGUUAUUCAAUCUUCCCGAAACUUAUCUGGUUGCAUGCAUUAUUGAUUUUUUUGACAACAGUCCCAAUUAUACACCAACUGGAGAUCGUACAGGAGUGAAGAGUGGUGACGUUUAUAUGUCAUAUCGUUCUAUUUUCCAGGAUAUACGUAAUUCGGUAGAUUGGGUGCAUUUUGAGAGCAAUAUGAAACAAAUUAUACUGGAAAAUAAGGAAAAGUACAUUAUCAAAGAUGAACGUUUAGAACAGCUUUUAUUGCAAAUUCGUUAUUCUGGCAGGCAGUCGUUCCUUCUCACAAAUAGUGAUUACUCAUAUACUAAUGGUGUAAUGGAGUAUUUGCUUGGAAAGGAGUGGACUUCGUAUUUCAACGUUACAAUUGUCGAUGCUAAAAAGCCAAAAUGGUUUUCUGAAGGUACUGUAUUCAGACAAGUUAAUACCAAAACUGGUGCACUGAGAAUCGGUGUUCAUAUGGGACCUCUUGAAGAAGGUCAAGUAUAUGCUGGAGGUUCUUGUGACGCAUUCAGAGGAUUAGUAAAAGCUCGUGGUAAAGAUGUUUUGUAUGUAGGCGAUCACAUUUUUGGUGACGUUCUCAGAUCAAAGAAGGCUAGGGGAUGGCGAACUUUUCUUGUUGUACCUGAAUUAGCUCGUGAAUUGACUGUGUGGACUCAGCGUAAACCUCUUUUUGAAAAAUUAACAAUGUUAGACUCAGAAUUGGCUGAUGUAUAUAAAAAUCUGGACAGUAAUUCAAAAGAAAAACCAUCUACAGUACACAUCACUGCUAAAAUCUCGUUGUUGGCUCAUAAGAUGGAUAAUGAAUAUGGUAUGCUGGGUUCUGUUUUUCGCAGUGGAUCUAGGACUACUUUUUUUGCUUCGCAGGUAGAACGGUAUGCCGAUUUAUAUGCAUCGAGUUGUUGUAAUUUAGUACAUUAUCCACUUUUUUAUUUCUUCCGUGCUCCGAUGACUUUGAUGCCUCAUGAGUCAACUGUAGAUCAUGCAUCAGUUAUGACACCUACAAAUCAUAUAAUUCAGAAUUCGUCUAUGGAAGGUAAACUUUCUGCAAAUCGUGUUUUGAAAAUGGAUCAAAUUCCAUUUUGCCACGAAGAGGAAGAGGAAGAAGCAUCGAAUAGUGAACCAGAAUUAGAUGUUGAAAAAAUAGAUCCGCCAGAAGAAAUAAGAAACGAACGACUGAAUAAUUCAGAUGUCAUCAUUAUUUCACCACAGCAUGUAGAUAACAUAUCAGACUAA